AUGGGUCUUACCAUCUCAAGAACGUUUGGAGGAAAGGAACUGGAUGAGUUGAAGGCGGUUUUGAACCCAGGAAAUCUCCAAGAAGUGGCAGCUGAAAUUCAUCGAGAGUUGGGUUUAUUAAAGAACACCACCCUAGACAUUGCCGUAACAGGAGAACUGGGUUCGGGUAAAUCAUCCCUUGUCAACGCUUUGCGGGGUGUGACAGAUUCUGAAGAGGGUGCAGCUGAGACGGGGGUAACACAAACAACAAUGGAGACAAAAGGAUAUCCGCACCCCAGAUUCCCAAAAAUAACAAUAUGGGAUCUACCAGGCAUUGGGGCGCCUAAAUUCGAACCAGAGGAAUACCUUAAGAAGAUAAACUUCAGCAGGUUUGAUUUUUUCAUCAUUGUUGCUGCAGAACGUUUCACUGCCAAUCAUACCAAGUUGGCCCGCGAAAUUCAUGAAAUGAAGAAGACAUUUUAUUUUGUGCGUUGCAAGGUGGAUCUAAGUAUGAAUUCUGAAAGAGGGAAACCUAAUUUCAGUGAGGAAAAAACUCUUGAGAGGAUAAAGAAAUAUUGCUAUGACAAUUUGUCGGAAAUACUAGCGAGUUCCCCAAGGGUUUUUCUCAUCUCCACCUGGUACUUGGACAAGUAUGAUUUCUCCCUUCUGCAAGAGGCCCUAGAGAAUGAAAUGGAAUAUCUCAAGAAGCAUGCAUUGAUUCUAGUUUUACCCGCAAUAGAACUAGUUUUAGACAUCGUGCCUUUGGAGAGUUCUUUAGUUGGUGGAGGACUUUCUUUUGUAGCCACUUUCUACUUGCUGAAGAAGUUUCUGAGGGACAUCGAGGAAGAUGCUGAGAAUGUUUUGACAAAAGCUGCCGAGCCUUAA